AUGGAGACUAUCCCAUUCUCCAGGAGAUAUACCAUUUCUUCAACUACAAAAUCUUUGACUUAUCGCCCAUUUUCUGGCAAUAUAGCAAGAAACUUACUCGGACUUGAAGAGAAAAGAUUGUCUUUAAACUCAGAUUCAAAGUCUUUUUUGCAUCCAGUAGCAGCAACUUUUAAUUUAUUAAAAGUGACUCCUAAAAAAUUACCCAAUAAAAAUGGCUCGGUUACAAUUUCAUUUGAAAUUGCAGCAAUUGAACUUAUCAAGCACAAAAAAGUACAAGGGAUUGUAGCAGCAUUGACAUUGGAAGAAGCAAGUCUUGUUACAGAAUUAGAAGCGGUGGCCAACACCCCCAUAAUCACAAUUGGUUCAGCAGCCAUUUCUCCAUCACCAUUAGUUCCUCAACCACAGUCCCCUUUUCUGCUGAAUACUGAUAUCGUAAUUCAAAUGAAAUUUGCUGCUGCAAUAAUAGGACAUUUUAGAUGGCAAAAAGUCACGGUCAUAUAUGAACAAAGCGAUAGCUUUUAUGCCGAUUCCAGACUCAGAAAACAACUUUCUAAGUCCCUGAAACAGCAUAAUUCUUUUGUUGAAUGCGAUCUUGCAUUUCCUUCCUUAUCUUCUCUUCCAGAACCUGAGGCCAUUAUUGAAGGAAAGUUGAAUAAUCUGAGAAGCAAAAGCAGUGAGAUUUUUGUACUUUUGCAUUCUUCAUUGGAGUUUGCUACAGUUCUUUUUGAGAAGGCCAAAAAAAUGGGAAUCAUGGAAAAAGGUUUUGUUUGGAUUGCGAAAGAUGAUUUUGUUAACCUAAUUGAAUAUGUGGAGCCGUCUUUCAUCCAAAACAUGAAAGGGGUCAUUGGAUUUAAGAUGAAUUAUGAGGAAAAAACCAAGCCUUUCUGGGACUUCAGUUUCAAGUUUCGAAGAAAGUUCAGAUCAGCAUAUCCUAAAGAAGAACAUCCAUAUCCAAGCAUGUAUGCUCUUCAAGCAUAUGAUGCUACAUUGGCCAUUGUAAAAGCUAUGGAACAUUCUGAAGGGGAAAUGAACUCAAGUGAACUUAUAAAUCGUCUCUCUUCAAGUGAUUUUGAAGGUCUUAGCGGGAAAAUCAGCUUCAAGAAUGGAAAAUCAGUGCAAAAAAGUACCUUUCAGAUAAUUAGCGUGAACGGGAAAAUUUAUAUAGGAGUGCAAACAGUUCCCAAGGAAAGGAAACUAAAAAUUGGAGUUCCUGUACAGUCUGCUGUCAAGGAGUUUGUCAGCUUCCGGUAUGAUCAAGAAGAGAAGACAACGUCCUUUGGCGGAUUUUCCGUUGAAGUUUUUGAAGCCGCAGUUAAACUGCUUCCAUAUCAUUUUCCUUAUGAGUUUGUUCCAUUUAAUGGCACUUACGAUGAGAUGUUGAUUGCAGUUUAUAAUAAAAGUUUGGAUGCAGCUGUUGCAGACAUGACCAUAUUGGAUGAUAGAUAUGAUUAUGGUGACUUUUCACAGCCUUAUAUGGACUCUCAAAUUGUUAUGGUGGUACCUGCAAAAAAAGAUUUGAAAAGGCAAAGAUUCAUUGCUUUGACGGCCUUUGAAUGGAAAUUGUGGUUGGUAAUGGUAGCAUCAAGCUUAUUCACUGGAGCCAUUAUCUAUUUAAAUGAGCAUGUGAAUGACAAUCCAGAGUUUGGAAAUUCAUUUCCUCAGAUAAUUGGUUCUAUGAUUUGGUUUGCUGUCACUCUUCUCUCAUUUGCACAAAGGGAAUCUAUCAAAAAUAAUCUGUCACGAUUGGUUCUUGCAGUAUGGUUGUUUGUGAUUAUGAUUGUGACAGCAUCUUAUACUGCUGUUCUAAGUUCUAUGAUGACAGUGCCUCGGCUCCAACCAUCAAUAGUAGAUGUUGAUUAUCUUCAGCAAACUAAUGCAAUUGUUGGAUGCAAUGGGGUGAAUUUCAUCCCAAGAUAUUUGACACAUACUCUGAAAUUCAAGGAAGAGAACAUCAAGAAAAUUGGUUCUCUCAGUGACUACAAGGAAGCUUUUGAACAGGGGAAGAUUGCGGCUGCCUUCUUUAUCAGUCCACAUGCCAAACUUUUCCUUGCAAAUAAUAGCAAACGCUUUGUCAUUGCGCAAUUUAGCCAUCAACUUGGUGGUCUUGCUUUUGUAUUCCCAAAGGGCUCUCGUUUUACUGCAGAUAUAUCAAGAGCAAUUCUAAAUAUGAAACAGACAGGAGGGAUAAAUUACCUGGAAGAGCGUUUCCUUUCCUUCUCGAAUAGCUCUUCAUCUGAUCAACAAAUCGAUGAUUUAGGUCUACACCUUUCACAAUUUUCAGGUCCAUUAGUUGUUUCAAGUGUGAUUACUACAAUUCUAUCGUUGAUCAUAGUUGUUCGUGUAAUUCAUAAACGAUGGUCGAUUCAUGACUACAUACAAUCUUCGCUGAUGUCUAGAAGGAUUUCCAGAUGGGCAUCAUUUCUUUUAGUUGAAUUCCAUGUGAGAGGAUUCUUCGGGGCACCCUUUAUUCAGAGACAGAAUAACUUAACCAAUAUUGCCAGCGAAAACUGAGGCUUGGAGGGGCUACUUUGGCAUCUAAUCAUAUUUAAUUUGUAUACUAAUGUUUUCCAUUUAUACGAAUAAAUCUGAAGGCUUUUUUGAA